AUGACUAUUACUUUAACUUAUUUCGGUGGUAGAGGAAAGGCUGAACAUAUUAGAUUGAUUUUGAACUUUUUACAAAUCGAAUUCAAGGAUGAGAGAAUCAGUUCCAUCUCUGAUGAAUUGCGUUCAAAAUUGGCUUUUGGACAAGUUCCAUUGUACGAGGAUGGUGAAGUCUCCUUAGUUCAAUCGGCUGCCAUCGCCAGAUAUAUUGCCAACAAGUAUAACUUUGCUGGUGCCAACGCUGCUGAGAAAGCUCAAGCCGACGCCAUCGUAGACAGUCUUCCAGAUGUCAUCACUCCAUAUCGUUUGGCAACCGAUGAUGCUGCAAAGUUAAAGUUCCGUGAUGAAACUUUGCCAAAAUUCUUAAAGGCAUGGGAUAAUAUUUUAGCAAAGAAUGGUGGAAAUCACUUUGUUGGUGCUGGUUAUACUUGGGCUGAUAUUGCUAUCUACUAUGGUCUGUGGUUACUUGAAAACAAUGGUUUCAAAGAGGUCGUUACUCAAUUCCCUAAGCUUGCCACUUUCCUCACCACCUUUGAGGCAAUUCCACAUAUUGCUACCUACUUGAAGAACAGACCAGAUACCAAAUUCUAA